AAUUUUCUUGCUAAAACCCUUACAUACAAAUCGGAUCACCAUCGUUAUCAUCUCUUCAUAUCCACUUGAUUAGUCGCUAAUUUUAGAGGUUUUGAUAUUGGAAUACCAAUCAAAGAAACAAAAUUCAUCUUGAAAUGGCUUUAACCAACUUUAUACUCACGGUGGUCGGAGUAAGCGCCGUGUUUUUACUGAUGAGGAGCGAUGUCAAACAGUCUGCCUCAAUCUUCAAGCGUAACGUUCGUCAAAUUCGCCAUUGGCUCGAGGAAGAGUCAGCUUCUGCCGCUAAGUCUUAUUGGAGCUCACAGCAUACAGUUUAUAAGUCGAUCAUCUGACCAUAAGCUACUCAAGGGAAAUGGAAAAGGCAAAACCAAAGGAGAUACCAAAGAAGGACAUCCCCAAGGAGGACAAGCAGUAGAUGUGACUCGUGUUGAAAUUCAUAUCAGAAGCUCUGCAAUUUACCACCUAAUGUUUGGCAUUUUGGUCCGUAAAAUAUUUUAUACCGACUAUCGUUUUGUAGCCCUCAUGUAGUUGCCACUUUAUGGUUGCCAAGGUUAUGACAUCAUAAAUAUACGUUCAAUCUUCUAGGAUGUACAUCAAUUAUGCAGUAACAUCAAGAUACUUGAAGAGAUUUGCAAGAUAUUGUGAUGGAAAUAUUGGUUUUUAUGCAAUAACCGGUAUAAUCGAAAAAGUCAGUAAUGCUUAUUUGUUAUUGAGAUUAGGUUAAAUGGUUUUGUAAAUUUUUUUAUUUUAUUUGUUAUUAGUUUGGUUUCCGUAAUUGUUAAAUUGGUAACUCAAAAAAGAUUAUAUGAAAUUUAUUAUUUUACUUCGAA